UUUUGCCUUCACCCCUCAUCCCAUUGAUUCGAAGACGCGAAAGAUCCACCCUUACACUGCCAUUGCAAUUGACUAUAUUGGGUUAUUGAGGGAUCUUACAGAUUCAUCAAGGAUACAAUGGCCAGUUUAACACCCGCAGAAGCACGAAAGCAACUGCAGCAACUAGCAGACGACAAUGGCGACUUAAAAACACAAUUGAACAUCCUCCGUAUCAGCGAGCCGAUAUUCUCCCCUGACUCUGAUACCAGGCGCUCAUCACCAUCUAAGCGCAGGUCAGAUGUAUCCACCUUUGAAACACCGACACCUGCUUCCUUGGAAGCGGACUUGACACACUAUAAAGAAUUGUUCUCGAAGUUACGCUUUUCCUACGUUGAGCAAGUUACGAAGGAGAAAUUUCUGCGUGCAAUUGUGGGCGAUCCGCCCCUGGUGGUCGGUCACAAUGAAAAUGUUGAGAUGGAAGCGCAGUUGGCGGAAGUAAAGGCGGACCUCAAGGCUCGCAAAGAAGAAGUCCGAACUAUGGUGGAGGAGAUGGAGAAGCUGGGUAGGGAUCUGGCGAAUCGUUACAAGAAUGUCCAGCUACAAAUGACCCAACUCUCAACACUUCCAGAGUCGAUUGAAAACCUCGAAUCCACUGUUGCCGAGCUACGUGCAAAACAAGGAUCAGACGCAAACGGCCCAGAAUCGCAAAACCUCCCCCUUCCUGCAACGCUGAGUCUCCUGUCUGAGCGGGAGGCGGAGCUUGCGGCUCUUGAUCGACAACUUGCAGCGGUGCAGAAUACCCUGCCCCGCAAGACACGAGAGGCCGAGGCGGUGGAGCGUGAAUUGGGUGUUCUAGAACGGCGGAAGACAGAAGCGAUCGCACAGGCCCAAGAGGUUAAGAGAAAGAAGGAGGAAGGCGAAAGUGACGGGCUGGUGGAGACGGGAAGAUGGUACCGGAGCGCGGAAGAAACUCUCAAAAGCCUUCUAGGUGUUACAGGAUGAGGGCACUAGGCGUAGGCAUGAUUUGACGAUAUUGGGUCUUGGGACAUGG